UAAAUAUCUCUUCUUUCUAUCAACUGGGUUCUAGGACUUCCAAUCAUAGUCUUCAUAUAUCAAGAGAUGGUUUCAUUGCUUGGGGAGACCGUUGCCAAAGAGAAUGCUAAUGGGAUUGUGUUUGAACUGAGUGUCAAGCAAGGAGAGCCAACACUAGUGCCCCCAGCAAAGGAGACAGAGAAAGGCCUCUACUUCCUCUCCAACCUUGAUCAGAAUAUCGCAGUGAUAGUUCAGACAAUUUACUGCUUCAGAGCAGAGGAUAGAGGGAAUGAGGGAGCUGCUGUGGCGAUAAAGGAGGCCUUAUCCAAGGUUUUAGUUCAUUACCACCCUCUUGCAGGAAGGCUGACAAUAUGUUCUGAAGGGAAGCUCAUUGUGGAUUGUACGGGAGAAGGUGCGGUUUUUGUCGAGGCUGAGGCUGACUGCAGGUUGGAAGACAUUGGAGACAUUGCAAAGCCCGAUCCUUCGAUGCUUGGCAAGCUUGUUUACAAUAUUCCUGGUGCCAAGAACAUACUGGAGAUACCUCCUCUGGUAGCUCAGGUGACCAAGUUCCAAUGUGGGGGUUUCAUCCUUGGGCUAGCAAUGAACCACUGCAUGUUUGAUGGUCUUGGAGCCAUGGAGUUUGUCAACUCAUGGGGCGAAAUAGCCCGAGGCCUUCCACUUUCAGUACCACCAUUCCUAGACCGAACAAUACUGAAAUCUCGAAGCCCUCCCAUCAUCGACUUCCCUCACUAUGAAUUCAAGGAGAUAGAAGACUCAUUGGAAUGCACUGCCCUGUAUCAAGAAGAGAUGAUCUACCGGUCCUUCUACUUCGACACUGACAAACUUGAGCAGCUCAAGGAAUUAGCUAUGCAAGAUGGAGCUCUUGACAAGUGCACCACUUUCGAAGCUCUUUCAGCAUUCGUUUGGAGAGCUCGAACAAAGGCGUUGCGGCUUCAGCCAAAUCAACAGACCAAGCUCCUCUUUGCAGUCGACGGGCGGUCUAGAUUCAAUCCACCACUACCCAAGGGCUACUUUGGCAAUGGAAUAGUGUUAACCAACUCUUUAUGUAAUGCAGAUGACCUUCUUGGGAGCCCUCUCUCAUUUGCUGUUGGGUUAGUUCAGAAGGCUGUUAAGAUGGUCACUGAUUCUUACAUGAGAUCGGCUAUGGAUUAUUUCGAAGCGACAAGAGUUAGACCUUCUCUAAGUGCAACUCUUCUGAUAACUACUUGGUCUAGGCUUGCUUUCCACAACACAGACUUUGGCUGGGGUGAGCCUCUGCAGUCCGGGCCUGUGGCUUUGCCAGAGAAGGAGGUGAUCUUAUUCUUGUCUCAUGGAAAGGAUAGGAGGAACAUAAAUGUUCUUCUUGGGCUGCCCACUUCAGCAAUGCUAACAUUUCAACAGCUAAUGGAUAUUUAGAAACAGUUUUUAACUUUGUGUCGGUAUCUUUAGAUUUGUUUUGGUAUGUCUAAGUCUCAAGGUUCUGCAAGGCAGCAAUUUCUUCAAUAUCCGUAUUUAUGUUUUCAUAUUAUAAUUAUUUAAAAGAUGUCUGAAAGUAACAAUAGAAGCCAAAGUUGGGACUUUGGCUUUAUGUUUCUUAAUUGUGUUUCUGGAAAUUAUAUUUUGUGAACUGAAAAAAAUGUUAUGAAACCAGAUCUGGUGUUCCAUUCUUAUUCA